AUGUCUCUCAUUGGUAAGAAAGCCAUAGUAACAGGCGGCUCUAGAGGCCUGGGACUUAACAUAGCGAAAAAGCUCAGCAAACUUGGAUGCAAUGUUGCCCUGUUGGCUAGAUCAGAGGAUGUUAUGAGGAAGGAAGCAUUGCCCCAACUUACCACCAAAUUCGAUGGCCAGAAACACAAUUGCUACAAAGUUGACUUAAGUGAUCGUAAUGAGCUAUCUCAGCUACAUCAACUAUCAGUAUUUAAGGAAAAAAUUGACAUUUUGAUUAAUUGUGCAGGGAUUACACACAAUAAGCUACUGAUCCAGACCGAUCCCGAUGAAAUCGACAACAUUAUAACAACAAACCUUACUUCAAGUAUUGUACUAUCAAAGUUAGUAGCUAGGAAAAUGUUGAGUCAAAAGUCGGGCCACAUAAUAAGUAUUUCAUCAGCAUUGGCCAAGAAACCCAUCUCAGGAACUGUAGUUUACACUGCUACUAAACAGGCACUGAUAGGACUUACAAAGUCACUAGCUGUUGAAUUGGGAGGAAAGGGGAUACAGUGCAAUGCUGUUCUCCCAGGGUUUUUAAAAGACACUUUGAUAGGACAAAGUGUCAACGAAUCAUUGUUCAAAGAAUUGUUAACGAACGGCCACAAGUUACAAUUGGACGACAUAAGUGAUGCCGUUGUAUUCCUGUUAAAUGAUAAGACUAUGACUGGUCAAUGUUUAACUUUGGAUAAAGGGUUCAGCCUGAUUUGA